GAAAUACAUAUGGAGCUCCCUCUCGAUAGCAACAUGACCUCACUGACCACGCCACCCUCCCUUUUAGAUUUCUUUCACGCUUUUCAGAUUCAUAAACUCAUACCGCUAUAAGACCCUGCCCUUCAUUAGUGCACCUAGCUUGUUUCACUCGAAAAGAUCAAGAACAAAGGAAACAAUGAACUCUCCCUCUGCAAGACUCUCUCUUUCAGAUCAGAUAAAGGUGAUAAAGAAACUCGAAGUUUUCAAGAUCCAGGGACGAGACAAGCAUGGCCGGAAGGUUCUUCGCAUCAUUGGAAAGUCUUUUCCAGCUCGAAGUGUCAGCAAAGAGGCUCUCAAUGAGUACUUGAGGGUGAAAAUCUUCCCGGCUUUAGAGGAGAAGCCGUUUUCAAUCGUCUACGUGCACACAGAUGUUGAUCGUAGCGAAAACUUCCCCGGAAUUUCUACACUCCGAUCUAUCUACGAGGCUAUUCCGGUAAACGUGAAGGGUAACCUCGAAGCCGUUUACUUUGUCCAUCCAGGUUUGCAGGCCAGACUCUUCCUUGCCACCUUUGGUCGUUUCCUUUUCACCGGCGGGUUGUACAAGAAGGUGAACUAUGUGACGAGACUGGAGUUUCUUUGGGACCAUGUUAGGCGGAAUGAGAUAGAGAUACCGGAGUUUGUGUAUGAUCACGAUGAGGAGCUCGAGUUCCGGCCGAUGAUGGACUAUGGGAUAGAGAGUGACCAUCCUAGAGUUUAUGGUGCACCUCCGGCAUUGGACUCGUCUGUGUCUGUGUACUCCAUGCGUUGCAUCGCAUAGUUAAUCAGCAGAACCAAGGUCACUGAUUGGUUUUGGUGUUGGUUUAUGACAACUUUAUGUUAUGGUUGGCUUGGUGGAUAGAGUAUAUCUAAAGCUUGGAUUCUUAGGACCUGGUGUUCAUAUUAUAUUGUACAAAGACGGCUAAUUUGUUGGUUAGCUAGUUCUAGUUUGAAGAAAUGGCAAAGAUGGAAACAAAUAUCAAUCCAAUCGGCACAACAACCAGAAAGCUAAAAAAAAUAAAAAUCAUGUGUGUUUUUGUCAAAAUACCUAGGGGUGGGA